AUGUCAUCAGGGUCAGGAAGUGGCAUUCAAGUUCCCGCGUCGCCCAUCAAGAAGGCUCGGGAGCGCCAAGACGAUGGAUCGCACUUUCUAGGUGGCAGGGACGAUGAUUUUGGGAGAGGCUCCCGUGCCGCCAACCCAUUCUCUUUCAGAGGGACUACCGACUUACUGAGCUCGAGGAGUAAUGGAAACAGAUUCUCCCAGCGGGGAAGUUCCGCCACUCGACAGCCAGUCGACCAGCAACCUGCGGUCAAAGGACCGAGCUUCAGUGAGAGGCUCACUUCCACCCGCAUAGAAGAAGCUGGCAGUUGCGAGAGACGCAGACGUGUCACCGAGUCUCGCAGCAAGGCGUUUGGGCUGGGGAGAGGGGACAUGGACGAGUACAAGGCGAAGGCCGUUGAGAUUCCUGAUAUUCAGCAGCAGCCCAUCACAUUCGACAGAGAUGCCGUUCUGUCGAAAGAAUGGCGCAACAAACCUCAUCUACACAGGAGCAAUACGGCUCCGAGCCCCCGGAAGAUGACCGGCACAGCCGAGGCUAGCUCAAGCCAGCAGCACACCCAAGCAAAGGACGGGUCCGCAGACGAAAGCCGAGAAUCUUUUGAACCCUUCUCCAGCUUUCACCUGUCGCGGCGCUAUCUGCCCCACCGGAUCAUUGCCCGUCACCUUUCCGGAAAGAAAUUGGUGAGCAUCAAGGGUCUUCUGAGAGAUGUCAAGGCACCCAAUUUUGAGUUGCCGGAUGUCGAACAGGAUCUUGUUGUCCUUGCCAUCAUCGCCAACAAGUCGGCUCCACGAUCGCACAAUGCUGUCCUAAGGCCGGGCCAGAAGGAAGAAGACCGUGGGAAGUACAUGGUCUUGAGCCUGUGCGACCUGGAGUAUUCCGUCGACUUGUUCCUCUUCAAUUCCGGCUUCGACCGCUUCUGGAAGCUUACAGAGGGGACUGUCGUCGCCAUACUCAACCCUGGAGUCCUGCCCCCGCCGCCUGGGAGGCAAGACACGGGCCGUUUCAGCCUAGUCAUCAACUCGGACGAGGAUACCAUCAUUGAGCUAGGCGCCGCACGAGAUCUUGGAUCAUGCCAGUCCAUACGGAAAGACGGGAAUGCCUGCGGUUCCUGGGUCAACAGGAAGCGGACCAGCUUCUGCGAAUUUCACACCAACGAGGCGGUCCAAAGAACAAGAUCUUCCAGAAUCGAACUCAACACCGAUGGAGGAUUCGGGCACGGCCCUCGCAGACGACAACACAAUGGUGAAGCCAAAAAGGAUGGCGGCUUCAAGGACAGCGGCUUCAAGGAUGGCGGCUUCAGGGCCAAAGGCCCCAAGAACUACGACUGGGAGACCAAGACGCGCUACUUUACUGCCAAGACGAUGAGUGCGGCCGAUCUGAUCGACGGCAAGGGCCAAUCUGCCGAGGACAAGAAGGAAAGGGAGGCCCAUAUAAAACGCAGCAUGGAAAUCAAAGAGCGCGAGCGUGAGAUCAUGAAGAAACUAGCACUGCACGGCGACGCUUCUGGACAGGAAUACAUGCGGCUCGCCGCUGCCAGAGACGGCCACGAAGGCCCCGUGGCUGCAUCGAGCCGGAGCGGGGCAUUUGGUGGAAGCAGCUUCCGGGACAGCACAGCUCUGGCCUCGCUAGGCCUCGACAGGAAGAAUCGAGACAUCCAGCUCCAUAUGGGAAAGAGGAAGAGAGCGAACAGUUCACAGAAUGAUUCUGCCGAGCCCAGGAGCUCAUCGAUCCUAGGAUGGGGUGGCGGCUUGAGAGACAAGCUGUCGAGGAUGAAGGCCGGCGAGAAACUGCGCAGGGAGAACCAGGCGCCUCCUGUCCAGAAGAAGACUCGAUUCAUCACUGAACAGGGAAUCCGCGAAGCUGGCCGUGAGAGCAUGGAAUCAGUCCUAUCCUCGAGACAGGUGGAACUUGACGACGAUGAUGACGACGAGCUUCUCAUUCUGCAAUAG